AUGAACCUCAUCCUGAUCCUUAUUCCUGAUGUUCCAGGAUGGACCGAGAGGAAUUCAGACGGCGUGUACAUCGGGACGAUAGAGGAGAGACGGGUGACUCCGUCCAUCGAGCCAGGCUACCUGCGACCCCUUCUUCCUUCGUCGGCGCCGGUUCAGCCUGAGCCCUGGGACGACAUCAUGUCCGACAUCGAGAAGUACAUCAUGCCAGGAGUACGCAUAAGAAAUUACAUACAGUAA